GGAGGGCGACCGGGCGGCCGGCCGGACGCUGGAGCCUCGGCCCACGGGACCCGAGGCCGCCCGACUCUGCCCAGCCCUGCCCGCCUCUGGCCUCGGGCUCCGCGCCCCGCUCUGGUGGCAGCGACCGGGGGGCACGCGCCGAGGGAUGGAGGAAGAUUGAAUUCCUUCUCUUAAACUCCUGGAUUAUUUUUUUUACUAGUGGACACAUUUUCUACAUAGCAGUCAAUGGCUUAAUUCGAGCAAGCAUUGCUGUGGCUUUGGUUCUGUUGUGCUUCUGGAAGCUCCAGUCUGAAGGGUACAGGGCUUUUUGUGAUGACAAUAUGACCCACAGCAAAGGAAGACCUGUCACUUACAAGACAAGCGCCAGUCCGGAGAGUGGAGGAGGUUUUGUAGAUUGGACUUUACAUUUAAAUACGAUUCAGUCUGACAAGUUUUUAAACCUGCUUUUAAGUAUGGUGCCAGUCAUUUACCAGAAAAAUCCGGAAGACAGGCAUAAAAAGGCAAAUGGCAUCUGGCAGGACGGGCUGUCGGGGGCAGCACACACCUUCAGCAAGAGAUCAGAGCCACAUCUGGACUACCACGAGUUCUCAGAGCAGGCCUUCCAUAGCAACACUGGGUACGCUCCAGCCAGCUGCAGCCCCAAGUAUGACGACUAUGCCAGCUAUAACUACUGUGACGGAGGGGAGGCUUCGGAAACCACCGCCAUGCUGCAGGACGAAGACCUGUCCAGCGAGGGCGAUGACGUGAUUGUGGACACAAGCCAGAGGUUCCCCAAGGAGUCCAGUGGGGUCAUGGCUCUGCAGAUACUGGUGCCGUUCCUGCUGGCUGGGUUUGGGACGGUCUCCGCUGGCAUGGUUUUGGACAUAGUGCAGCACUGGGAGGUGUUCAAAAAUGUGACAGAAGUCUUCAUUUUGGUCCCCGCACUUCUUGGCCUUAAAGGGAACUUAGAAAUGACGCUGGCUUCUCGAUUAUCCACUGCAGUGAAUGUCGGGAAGAUGGACUCGCCCAUUGAGAAGUGGAAUCUGAUCAUUGGCAACCUGGCUUUAAAGCAGGUUCAGGCCACGGUGGUUGGCUUUUUAGCAGCUGUGGCAGCCAUCAUCCUGGGCUGGAUUCCAGAAGGGAAGUAUUACCUCAGCCAUUCCAUACUUCUGUGCUCUAGCAGUGUGGCAACCGCCUUCAUCGCAUCGCUACUGCAGGGAAUAAUAAUGGUUGGCGUUAUCGUUGGCUCCAAGAAAACCGGCAUAAACCCUGACAACGUGGCCACACCCAUUGCUGCUAGUUUCGGUGAUCUGAUAACUCUCGCCAUCUUAGCUUGGAUAAGCCAGGGUUUGUACUCCUGUCUUGAGACAUAUUAUUACAUUUCCCCACUAGUGUGUGCCUUUUUCUUGGCUCUGACUCCUAUUUGGAUUAUAAUAGCUGCCAAGCACCCAGCUACCCGGACUGUGCUCCACUCGGGCUGGGAGCCUGUCAUAACAGCCAUGGUUAUAAGCAGCAUUGGGGGCCUUAUUCUGGACACAACUGUAUCUGACCCAAACUUGGUUGGGAUUGUUGUUUACACGCCGGUUAUCAACGGGAUCGGUGGCAAUUUGGUGGCCAUUCAAGCUAGCAGGAUUUCUACCUACCUCCAUUUACAUAGCAUUCCCGGAGAGCUCCCAGAGGAACCCAGAGGCUGUUCCUACCCAUUUAGGACUUUUUUUGGUUCAGGAGCAAACACUAGGUCUGCCCAGGUUCUCCUGCUGUUUGUGGUUCCCGGCCACCUGAUCUUCCUCUACACAAUUCACCUGAUGAAGAGUGGCCACACCUCUCUGACCGUGGUCUUCGUUGUUGUGUAUCUGCUGGCUGCUGUGCUGCAGGUCUUCACCCUGCUGUGGAUCGCUGACUGGAUGGUCCAUCGCUUCUGGAGGAAAGGAAAGGACCCGGACAGCUUCUCCAUCCCGUACCUGACGGCGCUGGGCGACCUGCUUGGGACCGCUCUGCUGGCCCUAAGCUUCCAUUUUCUCUGGCUUAUUGGAGACCGAGAUGGAGACGUGGGAGACUAAGGGGACCCACAGGCAGUCAUUAGGUCACCCAGGGGGAGGACACGGGCAGCCACUGCUGCCCCUCCCCGGAGCUCGCCAUCUGCCCUGUGACUCACGGCAGGGUAGUCUGCAGGUCACCCUGACUCCAUACAUGGCCUUAACGUACUUUUUAAGGAAUUUGUGCUGAAACCACCAUGAAUGGUAUUUGUGCUGCUUUUUGUAGAAUAAAUGAUUUGACACAAACAUAGAUACAAGCUCACACUCUUAAAGUUAAUUAGGAAAGAAUAUAGGAUGUUUACAACGAGUUAAUUCUGAAACCACAGACCUAGCAGAAACGUACUUUAUUAUUAAAUUAUAAUACGCGGUUAGAGGCAAGGGAGUUGCGACCUUCUUUGUCUUGCAGCUGUGUCACACCACAGAGGGCAGUGACUGAGGUGACCCGGGGCCAGCUGAGCGUCCCUAAGUGUUCAUUAGGCCUUGGGAGCUAAGGUUACCAGUCAUGUGACCGACCCACAAGACUCAUCCCUCUGAGCAUAACCAGCUCACUCUUACCCAUGUCUAACACCGCCCUGUGCCCGCGUUCAGCUCAGCUCCGCGAGUUCCCGACAGCCAACCCUUUGUGUAGAUGUUUGUUUCUUUCGAGGAGUCCCAGCUUGCUGUGCAGUCCCCACGGGCCUCGGCUUGCGGUCCCCUGGCUUUGGGUCCCUCCUCCUGGUGCCAAAAGCACUGAGCCAUCUUGCUCAUCCUAUGUUGAAAAAUGUUGAUCCAAUUUAGAAAACCACGGAUUAAGGCUGAAGAUGAGCUGAACUGCGUUGGUGAGCCCAAGAUGGUAUGCGCGCUGGCGUGCGCAUGCGCAUGCGUGAAAGACAGACCAGGCAAAGAGACAAAGUAAUUUUUCAACUAUAAGUACCACUUAAUAUAAUGCACACCUAAGAUCCGGGAAGCGCAGGUGGUCCUGUUGCCCUUUAAGGCGCCCUGUUUGCUGGAUGUCCCAAGUUGGCGACUUCCCUCUGCCCCCAGCUCCUCAUGGCUUCAUCUGUGGGGACUGCCUCCUGUAUGUGGCUGUGCUCCUCGGAUAUCCUGAAACUUUAUCGUAAGCACCUAACCCCCGGCUACUCAGUAGUAAGCACUUUCAGAUCACUUAGCACUUAAAAUUGCCGUGCAAUCUUUCAAGGCCGUUGAAUAAUAAUUUAAACUGCUGAGGGGGAUGGAUCCUUGUGACGUGGAUUGUCGUGGCGAGGUUGUGCUGUUGUCUAAGCAGGAGGCUUGUAAAUAGACUGAGGACAUAUUCUCAUUAAGUCUUUAUGGAGGCUGUGGUGUAGAGUUGUAUAUUUUUGCUCAUGUUUAAACUUUGUUCAGUUCUCCUGCCUUAUAAUCAAACGUUUUUUUUUUUAAUCUACAUCUUUAAUAUAACUAGUAAUAAAAUGUUAGCAUAUUAUUUAUGGAAGGUAUUUAAACAAUAUUUACAAUAUUAAGAACAUAUGAGAUUUUUUAUACCAAAGUUUUACAAAGUAAAAUCACAUGUAUGGGGGUGAAACCAACAUAUUGACACAUCCUGUAUGUGAUGACAUUGGAAGCUUGAAGAAAAACCACUGAACAAGAACCACUAGCAAGCAGCAAAAGGAGUUUACACAGGAUUGAGUCUUCUUCGUUUUCAACAAAGGAUUCUCUAGGCCUGUAUCAACACGUGUGCCAUCCUUCACAGCAGUGGCUGCUGCUGCAAAGAGGAAAUGGGAAUUAAUAAGUUCUACAUCAAAUGCUUCGUUAAAAUCUGAUGAAAGCUGUGGAUUUGCCAAAUGCAUUCGAUAGGACAAUCCAAGUGUUAUGCCUGUACAAGAAAAAAGACUGAGAGCUCAAACAGAAAUACCAACAAAACACAUUGAAGCAUGCUCAGAAAAUUGAGAAGAAACACUUCAAAAGCUAAAGUACAGUAAGAAGAGUCGAUGUAUUUUGUGUGGUGUUUGUUCCUUCAGAAAUGUAUUUAAAGCCUGGGAAGGAAGGCCAUCUAGGGCUAUCUGAGGAACACAGAUGAGGCGGUCCCCAUAGAUGAAGUCAUGAUGACAUGGAUGCUGAAGGAAGCCACCAACUUGGGAUAGCCAGCAUCUGUGAGUGACUCCACCAGAUGUUACAUUUGUAAGAUCUCACAGCUACGCAGUGGGCAGACACACGUGUGUCCCUCCCCCAGAUGUACAAUGUGUCCACCUAGUUACUUGGGACAAAGUCUAAUCAAGUGUUACUAGACUUUAAGAUUGCCAGAAGGAUAGGGAAUCCUCCACCUAGUGCGGACCUACUGUGACCUCUUCCUGUUCCUAAGGUCAGAGAGACUGUAAAUGAACAUUUACCUUACAAAAUAUUUUUUAUUUUAUAAUGAAGACUUUUAGACUAAAGAACAAUGUGUUGCUUCUUAAGGCCUGGAAGAGGCAGCCUUCUUCCUAGAUCUAUUGGCCAGGCAGGGUAGCAGGAGGCUAAUUUUCAGCCUUUAUCAGAACAGCAUAAUGUCCAAGACAUAUGUAACAGACAGAAGUAGACAUGGAUGAGAUGCAUUGUGAGGGGAUAGGCACUGUUGAAUACACAGAUCUUUGAAAGUCUCUGUGUAUGUAUGUUUUAUUUACCCAUAAAAUUUAUUAUUGGUCUUAGGUAAAUGAACAGUAUUUUUAUACCAUGUAAACCCCUGCUUUCCAAAACUCAUUUUCCACUGAUUUACCAGGCACAUUAUACACACAGACAAAAAAAGAUCAUAUUUUUUUAUUCUUGAUCAUCCACUUAUUUUGAAAUUCUAAAGUUUCUUAGAAGCUAAUAAGAUAGAAACAAGUGGGUGUGUGUCUUAUGGGGACGUCAGAAAGCGUCACAUCAGAGAUCGUCCAUGAUGUAGCCAAAUGCGUCUUUUAAAAGUCUGUCAGUGGUGGGGUGUACCUGCCUUCCCUGUGUCUAAAGUAUAGUUUGCCCACUAAUAGUGGGCCUUGGAUUGCUGUAAACCCAAAUCAAAAUAAAAACUGAGAAGCAUU